AUUCUUAAAUCUGAAAAAAGAAUGGGAAAAAUUCUGAAGUUGUGACGGAUAGGGUUUUCAUGUCACAAAGUACAAAAAAUACAUAUAUAAAGUUGUGAACUUGAACUAGGAAAGCUUUGAACUAGGAAGAACUAUUACAAGCCCCGUGCUUUUUACGCCCUUUGUGUGUUGCUGGAACAAAAAACUUAUACGAGGCGGCGGCGUACGAGGAGAGGCGGAGAUUUUCUUGCAUGAAAGUGCCGAGAAAAUGUCGACAGAUCUCGGUGAUUAUACCAUCAUCAAGGAAGGAGAGGCUGAGAUUUUGAUGCACGCAAAAAAUGAAGUCUUUUACAACAAAACCCAGGUUAAUAACAGGGAUAUAUCCAUUGCUGUCCUAAGGACUUUUAUAGCCAAACAAAAAGAAGAACAUGAAACGAGAUUGGCAAAAAGAACAAAAUCAGCUACAAAAGUAUCCGAAAUGGAUGCUUCAGAAGAUGUUCCAAAAGAAGCAUCUAAUGGAUCUUCUGUAAAUGGUGAAAUAUCUAAUGGGGAUUGUGAAGAGGAUAAGGUAUCUCUUAAUGAACCAUGUGGCGUUUUGGAAGAGCAUGUCAAGACAACAGAGGGAAAAGAACCAGCACAACUGAAGCCCCCAAAAGUUCUUGAGGCUCUAUCAGCUUCUGGUCUAAGAGCUCUGAGAUAUGCCCGUGAAGUGGAAGGAAUUGGUAAAGUUGUGGCUCUUGACAACGAUAAAGUGUCAGUUGAAGCUUGUAGAAGAAACAUCAAGUUCAAUGGUUCAGUGGCAUGUUCAAAGGUCGAAUCGCAUCUUGCUGAUGCCCGUGUAUACAUGCUGACCCACCCAAAAGAAUUUGAUGCGGUCGAUCUUGAUCCUUAUGGCUCGCCUUCUGUGUUCUUGGACUCCGCAGUUCAGUCAGUUGUUGAUGGAGGCAUGCUGAUGUGUACAGCAACGGAUAUGGCAGUGCUUUGUGGGGGAAAUGGGGAGGUUUGCUAUUCAAAAUAUGGUUCCUAUCCAUUGAGAGGAAAAUAUUGUCAUGAAAUGGCCUUGAGGAUCCUCCUAGCUUGCAUUGAGAGUCAUGCUAAUCGUUAUAAGCGAUAUAUUGUUCCCGUGCUAUCAGUUCAGAUUGACUUCUAUGUUCGAGUUUUCGUCCGCAUCUACUCCUCUGCGAGUGCAAUGAAGAACACUCCCCUCAAGCUUUCCUAUGUGUAUCAGUGCAUUGGCUGUGAUUCUUUCCAUCUACAGCCCAUUGGAAGGACAAUUACCAAGAAUACUAGUGUAAGAUAUCUACCUGGUUUUGGUCCUGUUGUUCCCCAAGAAUGCAGCGACUGUGGGAAGAAAUUCAACAUGGGUGGCCCUAUUUGGUCCGCUCCUAUUCAUGAUCAAGAAUGGGUUGCUUCCAUACUUGAAGACGUGAAAUCUAUGAAGGAAAGAUACCCUGCUUAUGAUCGCAUCUCUGCUUUACUAACGACAAUCUCCGAGGAAUUGCCUGAUGUUCCCUUGUUCUUGAGUCUGCACAACCUCUGUGCCACUCUCAAGUGCACUUCUCCAUCUGCGGUGAUUUUCCGGUCCGCUGUGAUCAAUGCAGGAUAUCGUAUCUCAGGAACUCAUGUAAACCCAUUGGGAUUGAAAUCGGAUGCUCCCAUGGACGUCAUUUGGGACAUCAUGCGCUGCUGGGUCAAAAACCACCCUGUGAAAGCUCAACCACCCGAUCAACCUGGAAGUGUGAUACUCGCUAAAGAACCUGUACUUCAAGCUAACUUUGCAAGAGCUGUCGCGUCGCUUAGCAAAGCGCAAGCCAAGAAGGUUGCUCGGUUCCUUCCAAAUCCUGAGAGGCACUGGGGCCCGAAGCUCAGGGCAGGUCGUCAAAUUACCACCAAACACAUUUCUCUGUUAGGCGCCGAGGUUGUGAAUGGCAUUCUGAACCAGGAACAGGAAGAUGGUGCAGAACCCGAAGGCAAGCGUCAAAAGACAGAGGAGCCGACCUUGGAUUCAUGAACUGUCCUUUCUUUCAGGUCUGUCGAUGUAACGAAGCUGGCCUGCGGCUCUUAUCGGCUCCAUAAGAAAGAAAUGUUUUGUUCUCAGCUUUGUUUUUAAGAAAGAGAUGGGAGGGAGAUUGCUUGUAUCAUCAACCUUCAACUUGUGAGCAAAACUGCCAUGGAUAUAUGGAGCCGCGUGGAAGAGACUUUUACGAAAAUUUUGGUUAUGGAAAGUGUAGCUUUAAUUUAUUUUGUUAAGAGUUAUAAUUGUUAUUAUUAUUUUUUU